UCUCACUUCCUCACAAUACUCUCUGAACCCUUUAAUUCUUUGGGGUUUCUCGCCGUUAGUCUCUACCAACACCCGGCGUGUGAUAUGGCUAAGUUUUUAUUGUUUUCUUUCACUAGGUCUCAAACAUACUAGUAUUUUGAUGGACCUGUCCUUAGUAUGGUGUGUUAUAUCAGUACAAAGGGCUAGUUCGUCUUUCAGGCUUCUUGGUUGGCUAAUGUUAGUAAACGUAAGGUUAGCUAACUUGGCUAGUAUGUGCUAACCUAAGCUGAUAAAGUAAAGUAACGUUACUUGCUCGGUAUGCAGUUUUUCUUCCCAUGGACUGUGUUUGGUAAAGUGGUUUCUUUAUAGUUAUCUAAGUGCUGUUUGGUAGAGCAAAAUCCAGCUCUAACUUACCUCGUUUGUAAGCUAAACGCUAACGGUGAGCUCGGCACUCCUGGUUGAGUUUUGCUCGAUACGCCUCAGACACCUAGCUUUUAUCAUCUGCUGCCAAAAUGAUGGAUUUUGAUAACAUAUUGGACAUCGCCUCGCAAAACCAGGGCCUCAGCAAUGUACAGAAGAGAUACAGUUUACAAGCUGGACCACCCAAAAAGGACCCAAAGUCAAAAGGUGUAAAUCCUGCUGCUGUGCAGGCACUUCUGAGGAAGCAACACACUGAGACCAAAAAGAAAGAACUGCAAUUGAAGAAAAAGAAGGAAGAACUAAUCGCCAAAAGGGUUGAGCUGAAGUCGGACCGUAAAGCACGAGCCAUGGCCUCCAGAACCAAGGACAAUUUCAGAGGCUAUAACGGCAUCCCAGUGGUAGACGUUCCUAAGAAGAGGAGAUCAAAACAUGAUAUGCAGAACAAUAUGUCAAUGGAUGGUCAAGGAUUUAGGAAUGACUCAGUUGACCCAGACGACGAGGAUAAUUAUGAGUAUGAACAGACGGAUUCAGAACCAGAGCCUGAGCCAGAGCCGCUGAGACCAGGGAAGGCCACAGGUUUUAGUGGGAGUAGUAGUAGUGGUAGCAAGCCCUCCUCUAAAAAAACCAGUGGGGCACCCAAGCCUGCUCCACCUACCAUGAACUUUGCAGACUUACUCAAAUUGGCAGAGAAGAAGCAAUAUGAACCAGUUGAUCUAAAACCCAAGGUGGUAAGAAAGGAAGAAAGGCUCCGCACAGCUGAUGAGAUAAGGGAACUGGAAAUGGAACGUAAGGCUAAGAGACAGGACAAGGACAAAGAUUCAAAGACAGAGAGAGAAAGAGAUAGUAAGUCUCAAUCUAGCUCUAGUUCAAUUAAAAAAAACACUUUAGAGAAGGAGCAGAAGAACUGCAAACCACAAAAAAACUCCUUAGAAAAACCAAGUCUGCCGAGUGGGUCAGGGAAGAAGUCGCAUGGUGAUAGAGGCCACUCUUCUUCCAAGCCCUCUGGUGGUGACAGGGAGAGAGAGAGACCCAAGAUGUCUCACAGUGACAGAGACAGAUCCAAGACUAUUUUGCCUAGUUCAUCUGGUGCCAUAAACAGUAAAGUUCCUUCGAAAGCCACAUCUUCUCAGGUUUCAGCCAAACAAGGGCCCCCCAGGCCCUCAUCUAGCCACAAAUCCAGCACCUCAAGUGACCUUAGCAACAAAAAAGAAAGCUUAUCAAUACUUCAAGGAAGAGCUUCAGGUAUUCCUGGGACCAGACCUCCAGGUACAAGUGUAACAGGCCAAAAAUCUCAACAUGGGAGCUCUCAACAGACCAGGCCCAGUCAGGGUAGUUCUGUGAAACAGGGUUCUGUAGUUGGGGGCCACAAGUCGGGAAAAGGAGAACCACUAAGGCCUGGAAUUAAUUCUGCAGUAAAAUCAAGUGGUAAUUCAGUAAUGAGAAAUUCAUUAGGCGGCCCUCCUAAGGCAGGGAGCCAACCUCAGCCAAGGCCUGGAGGCACACUCCAGGCAAAAGCUGGUGGUGUUGCACAGUCCAGGCCUGGUGGAAGUGGUCUACAAGGUCACCCUGGAGGUAGUGGAUUCCGUCCUCAAGGGACUGGACCUGGUCGGCCUGGUAGUGGGGGCCCAGUUCCAGGACGAUCAGCAGGCAGCAUCGGAUCAGGACCUGGAAGACCCAAGUGUACUGUGGUGUCAGAGACCAUCUCAUCCAAGAAUGUUGGUGGACCCAGACCAGGAGUCCCUCCUCGGCCAGGCAUGCCACAGAGACCUGGGAUGGUACCUAGACCGGGAAUGCCACAAAGACCGGGAAUGCCACAAAGACCGGGAAUGCCACAAAGACCGGGAAUGCCACCCAGACCUGGAAUGCCACCCAGACCAGGAAUGCCACCCAGGCCGGGAAUGCCAGCUAGACCUAUGAUGAACAGGCCACCGGGUACAAUGUUACCGCCUAUCACAUCUGCCUACAAGAGGAAAUAUGAAGAUGAGGAAGAUGAGUAUGACUCAGAAAUGGACGAUUUUAUUGAUGACGGAGGUGAUGAGCAAGAGGAAAUUUCCAGGCACAUUAAGGAAAUCUUUGGCUAUGAUCGAGCCAAAUACAAGGAUGAGAGUGACUAUGCACUAAAAUUCAUGGAGAGCAGCUGGAGAGAUCUGCAGAAAGAAGAAGCCAGGAGCCUGAGAAUGGCUGUGCAAGAAGAUCUGGAGGAGGAGAAAAGAGAGCAAGAGGAGCUGAAAAGGAAAUGUGCCAAGAAGAGAAAAAAUAACUGAAGCUCCUGACUGACUGAAUGAAUAACCCCCCCCCAGUGUCUCUGGAAACAUGGAGCAAUGGGUGUACUGUCUUAAGAGAUGUCCAGUGACUGUGUAUACCCUGGCCUCCAUUGCUUUCUUUCUGAAUUUCUCCAUGUUCGGACAAAAACUUGAGUGGACACGUGUGACAUUGGCUCAAGAGAUAAAGAGAGGAAGAAUUUUAGUCAGAGACAACCUGAAAAGGUCAAAGAUAAAAUAUGCACAAAUCAUUCAGUCAUUAGGUCAUUAGAAUAUAAUGAAAAAAGUUGUCACAUUUUCCUUGUAAUAUUAUUUAUUUCCCCCUCUGGGUGCAGGGUUUACACUGUCAGCAGUCCUAAUUUCUAAAAGGAACUGAGCUGCAAAGAGAUAUAUAAAUGUGGAAGAGUGGUUGUUUUUUUUAAACUAACAAUGGCAUAUAAUGUCAGAUGCUGAUAACAUGCUAUUUUUUGACCAGAAGAUGUUGCAUAUUUUUCCAAACAAACUUUGAUUGUAAAGUCAGUUGAAUAUGCAGAAAACAUUACCACCUGA